CUCCUCCCGCCCGCCGCCGCUUUAAGAGGCUGCUCCGCAGCAGCGAGCGGGGCCGGAGCUGCAGCCGGAGCGAGCGGAACUGAGCCCAGCCCGCAGGUGCACGGCUGCGGGGACAGCAGCGGUAUGACGGGCCACCACGGCUGGGGCUACGGCCAAAACGACGGCCCCUCACAGUGGCACAAGCUGUAUCCCAUUGCCCAGGGAGACCGCCAAUCACCAAUCAAUAUUGUAUCCAGCAAGGUUCUGUUCUCACCCAGACUAAAGCCACUGAAGUUUUCUUAUGAGGGUUGCACGUCCCUCAGCAUUGCCAACAAUGGCCACUCUGUCCAGGUGGACUUCAAUGACAGUGAUGAUCGGUCUGUGAUGACUGGGGGCCCCCUGGAUGGGCCCUACCGGCUCAAGCAGUUCCAUUUCCACUGGGGCAAGAAGCACAAUGUGGGCUCAGAGCACACGGUGGACGGCAGGUCAUUCGCCUGUGAGCUGCACCUGGUUCAUUGGAAUGCCAGGAAGUACAGCACCUUUGGGGAGGCAGCCUCAGCACCUGAUGGCCUGGCUGUGGUCGGUGUCUUCUUGGAGAUGGGGGAUGAACACCCCGGCCUGAACCGUCUGACAGACGCGCUCUACAUGGUUCGGUUUAAGGGCACCAAGGCCCAGUUCUGCUACUUCAACCCCAAGUGCCUCCUGCCUGCCCUCCGGCACUACUGGACCUACCCAGGCUCUCUGACAACACCCCCACUGAGCGAGAGCGUCACCUGGAUCGUGCUGCGGGAGCCUAUCAGCAUCUCGGAAAAACAGAUGGAGAAGUUUCGUAGCCUGCUUUUCACCUCAGAGGAUGAUGAGAGGAUCCACAUGGUGAACAACUUCCGGCCGACUCAGCCACUAAAGGGCCGUGUGGUCAAGGCCUCCUUCUGGGCCUAAGCUGCCUGCCUACCCAGCCAGCCACUAGGGCACCAUCUUCCCAAGGGCUUCCACAUCAGCAGAAACCAAACCAUAUGAAGCUCCCUGCCUGGGGGUGCUAUGGACCCCCUCCUUCAGCUGGUUUGUUCCUUGACCACCCUGGAGGCUUCUUGAUGGGAUCCCAAUCUUCAACUGCCCUGGGGACAGGAAGGACAGGAGCUAAGUGUGGUCCAAGUCUGGGGCUGCCUCUGCUUUCCAAGACCCAAAGGCCCCGGGAACCUCCUUUUGUCUUCCCCACUGGCAGUGGCAGCAACCCCACCGUGAGCUCACACUGUGAUGGACGAGACCGAGCUCUUUGGGGCAGGCAGCUGGCAUUGUUAGAAAGACUUAAGCAAUAAUUAGAGGUGGGCAGAGCUGCCCUCUCGGCAUUACCUCUUCUGCAGGCCUCCACCAUGCACGAACCUCACUGCCAGGCCAUUGAAAUCAGCACCCAGCCUGCUGGAGGUAACAUGGCCUUCUCCCUCCAGCCACCAGCUGCCAUGGGCAGGCACUGGCUACAGCUUACGUAGUAUCUUCCCUCAUCCCCACCCAGCUACCAAAGCUCUCUACAUGACAGCCCAUCCAUGCAAUGAUUAAUAAAUGUAUUCAUCCAUGCAACAUA